GACAAUCAUAAUCCAUCGAAAAUCACCGAUACAAGGCUGUAUAUAUGGUUUACGUUCUGGGCCUUCUGGCCCAUAAAACAAAAGGCGAAUAGUGCGGAGAACACUUCGUCAUUCCCAAAUUCAAAUGCUUAGCGCCUCCUCGCUCUGCAAGUCCAUUAACUUCGGCACAAUAGCACGCCGCUCAUUUAGUUCGUAUUUGAGUUCGAAAUUACGGUGCUCAAUAAGUCAUAUUCACAUGGACGAUAAUUGUAAAAGCGGUUGUAGAGGUGCUUUGGUUGUUUUAGAAGGCUUGGAUCGAUGUGGUAAGACUUCACAGUCGGCUAGACUUGUUAAGAAUCUAGAUGAGUUAGGCUACCCGGCUGAAUUGUUCAGGUUCCCCGAUAGAAAUACUGUUAUUGGACAAAUGAUUUCGUCGUAUCUCAAUUCUGAUUCGCAGCUGGAUGAUCGAACGAUUCACCUGCUUUUUAGUGCAAACCGUUGGGAGAAGAGAUCGCUCAUGGAAUCUAAGUUGCGGAAUGGAAUAACUCUUAUCGUUGAUCGGUAUGCAUAUUCAGGGGUGGCAUUUUCAUCAGCCAAAGGACUUGAUAUUGAAUGGUGCAAGGCUCCAGACAUGGGGUUGUUGGCUCCUGAUUUGGUGUUGUACCUUGACAUAUCUCCAGAGAAAGCUUCUGAAAGAGGAGGCUAUGGUGGUGAGCGAUAUGAACAGCUUGAGUUCCAGAAGAAAGUUGCCAAGUCAUACGAGAUUCUUCGUGAUGCCUCGUGGAAGAUUAUAGAUGCUAACCGUACUGUAGAAGAUGUCCAGGAGCAGAUAAGGGACAUUGUAUUGGAUUAUGUGAAGACAUGCAGAAAUGGAAAAUCUCUAUCCCAACUUUGGUUAAAGUAAAUCCACUGGGAAGCUCAGAUACGCAUAAAAUCGAUUUCCACCUGUGAUACACUCCAUACUUCUCGAGGAUUCGAUUUUUACCUGCAAUACACUCUAUACUUUUCGAGGAUUCGAGUUGCAUUACUGAAUG